GCGCUGCGUACCCUGCGUGAGGCGCGCGGCUGCUGAGGCGGGAAGUACGAGCGGCUGUGCCAUGGCGCGAGGUCCUCACUUCUCCAUGUACCCCCAGUGUGGCAGCACCCAUUCCUCAACGUCUUCAGACACUUCAAGGUGCACGAGUGGAAGCGGUCCACUAAGGAGGGGGACGUGGCCGCGGUGAUGGACAAGACCCUAAAGUGCACGGUGUAUCGUAUACGGGGCUCUGUCUCUGCCAGCAAUUACAUCCAGCUCCCCCAAACCAGCACCCAGUCCCUGGGGCUGACAGGACGAUACCUGUAUGUGCUUUUCCGACCCAUGUCUACCAAGCACUUCGUCAUCCACCUGGACUUGUCCACCGAGGACAACCAGGUCAUCCGAGUGUCGCUUUCCAACCUCUUCAAGGAGUUCAAGUCCACAGCCACUUGGCUUCAAUUCCCCUUCAUCUGUGAGGCCGGGACAUCCAGGAAAGACCUGACAGGCAUGGCUCCCCCUGGUGCCCGCUGGACCUGCCUGCAGCUGGACCUGCACGACAUCAUCUUGGUUUACCUGAACCGGCGCUACAGCCACCUCAAGAGCGUCCGGCUGUGUGCCAACCUGUUGGUCCGGAGCCUCUACACCAGUGACCUGUGCUUUGACCCAGCUGUCACUGUCGCCAAGGCCCAGUGGGAGAAGCUGCCCGUCACCCCUAUGCCUAGAGAAAUGGCAUUCCCAGUGCCAAAGGGGGAGAGCUGGCAUGACCGCUACAUCCAUAUCCGGUUCCCAAGUGGCAGCUCAGCAGCCCCCUCUGAGCCAGUUCAGAGGAGCUAUUUCCCUCCGGAGGCAGUCCUCCCGAGGCACGUGCCACAGCUUCUCCCUUGUCCGGCAGCCUCCAGCAAGUCCAGACAGGACAGCGUGUUCCCUGUGGUCCAGAUGCUUGUCCCCACAGCAUCCUGCCGGGCCCCCUCGGCGUCCGGACUCCUUCCAGAGAACGGCCUGUCCUGUGAGCGCUCAGAGGUCUCCAGUGUAGGCGGCUGCAGUGGCCGUAGUGAAGAAACCUCGGCCUGUGUGGAGUCCACUGACAAGCAUGCUGCUGGCAGUGACCUUCAGGUGUCUGCCGUGGCCAGGAAUGAGAGCUCCCUGCCGGAUCCUGUCUUGAGGCUCAAGGGGGUCAUUGGCCUUGAGGGCCACAGCACCAAAUGGGCUAUCUGGACCAAGGAUGGGGCCGCUGUCGUGUACCCCUGCCACGCGGUCAUUGUGGUCCUGCGCAUUGACACCCGGGAGCAGCGCUUCUUCCUCGGCCACACAGACAAGGUCUCCGCCCUGGCACUGGACAGGAGCAGUUCUUUGCUAGCCUCAGCCCAGGCACGAGCUCCCAGCAUGGUGCGCCUCUGGGACUUCCAGACUGAGGGCUGCCUGUCCCUGUUCCGGAGCCCUGUUCAUACCAUCUGCUCCCUCAGCUUCUCCGGCAGUGGGGUGCUGCUCUGUGGCAUUGGCAAGGACCAGCACGGGAGGACGAUGGUGGUGGUGUGGGGCACGGACCAGGUGGGACGCGGUGGAGAGGCCGUCAUUCUCGCGAAGGCGCACACUGAUGUUGACAUCCAGGCUUUCGAGGUUGCCUCCUUUGAUGAGACCAGGAUGGUGUCGUGUGGGCGGGGCAGCGUGCGGCUGUGGCGGCUGCGAAGCGGGGGGCUUCGCUCCUGCCCUGUGGACCUGGGGGAGCACCACUCACUGGAGUUCAUGGACCUGGCCUUUGGGCAGGCCCAGGACAGCCGUACACUCUACGUGUGCAGCCGCAGUGGCCACAUCCUGGAGAUUGACUAUCAGCACAUGGCCGUUCAGCAUGCGCGCCGCCUCCUGCCCACACAGACCCCCAGCAGCCCCCUCCCACAGAAGCAGACCUUCAGCUCAGGUCCCGGCAUCGCCAUCAGCAGUCUCAGCAUCUCCCAGACCAUGUGUGCCGUGGGCUCUGAGGACGGCUAUCUGCGCCUCUGGUCCCUGGACUUUUCCUCUGUGUUCCUGGAGGCAGAGCACGAGGGCCCCAUCAGCUCAGUCCGCCUCAGCCCUGACGGCCUGCGUGUGCUGUCCACCACCUCUUCGGGCCACCUGGGCUUCCUAGACAUACCGUCCCGGGAGUACAAUGUGCUGGUGCGCUCCCACACGGCCCUGGUGCUGGCCCUUGCCACCGAGUGCAGCCGGGGGCAGCUGGCCACUGUGUCCCGGGACCACACUGUCCGCAUCUGGGACCUGGCGACCCUGCAGCAGCUCUACGACUUCACGUCGCCCAAGGAGGCCCCAUGUGCAGUCGCCUUCCACCCCACGCAGCCAGCCUUCUUCUGUGGCUUUAGCAGUGGGGCUGUCCGCUCCUUCAGCUUGGAGGCCACCGAGGUCCUGGUGGAGCACAGUGGGCGUCCUGUGUGGUGCAGGUGUCACCAAGGAGCCAUCACCGGCCUGGUUGCCAGCCCCAAUGGCAGCCUCCUGUUCAGCACCUGCUCUCAGGGCGCUCUGGCCCAGUACGACUGCACCGCCACCCACUGCCGAGUCCUGCAUGUGACAGCUAACGUGGUGUGCCAGGAUGCCCGCCCGAGUCCCAACGCCCUGGCGGUCAGUGGGGACAGCCGCCUGCUGGCCUUUGUGGGUCCCUCUAAGUACACAGUGACCAUCAUGGAUGCAGCCUCACUGGAUGAUCUGUUGCGGGUUGACGUCAGCACCCUGGACGUGGCCAGCAGCCGCCUCGACUCGGCUGUAGCCAUCUGCUUCGGUCCCGCACCCCCUAGCCACCUGCUGGUGUCCAUGUCAUCCAAGGUUGUGGUGCUGGACUCCAUAUCAGGCCGCAUAGUCCGGGAGCUGUCUGGUGCCCACCCCGUGGCCUCCCCCACCCUGGCUCUCAGCAGGGAUGCCCGCUUUCUGCUGACAGCCACCGACCGGGCUAUCAAGGUGUGGGACUACUCAACACAGGCCGGCCCAAGCUGCCAGGUGUACAUUGGCCACUCGGAGCCUGUGCAGGCUGUCGCCUUCACCCCCGACCAGCGGCAGCUCCUCAGCGUGGGUGAUGCCAUCUUCCUCUGGGACAUCCUGGCCCUCCCUGAGAGAUCGCCUCCAGAAAGUGACCGAGGCUCACCUGGAGCCCCCCAGAUCUGUGAGGCUGGCCUGAAUACAAGACAGCUGGAGGACUCGGUGUUGGGGGCCAAUGGGCUCCCCCGGCAGCAGGUGCCCGUGCCUUCCCAGACACCCCUGCCCCAGCUGGGCAUCUGUGCUGGGCCCUCUGAGCGUGGUGAUGGUGCUUUCUCUGUGUCAGAUGAAGAAGGACCUUCUGAGGAGAGCCGCAGCUCCGAGGGGUUCCGGCAGACCUCAGGCCCACCACCUGUGCUGGUGCAGAAGGAGUCCUGUGGGGCAGGAGAUGGGGCCUGGGGGGCUGCAGGGGACUCUUGGGGCCUUGGCAUGCUGCCCUAUUCCCGUGACCAGCCCAGUAAGCAGGGCACCUGGAGCACCAGGAGGGUCAGAGCCCAGCCUGCUGCCCGCCCAGACUCCUACAAGCACUUCACAGCGCGCUACAAGGCCUCCCUCAUGGCCAAGAAUGUCUCCUUCUCCCCUGCUGGGGGUGAACUGCUGCGCCUGAAGGCUGUCGUAGGCUACAACGGGAACGGGCGUGCCAACGUGAUCUGGAGGCCGGACACUGGCUUCUUCGCCUACACGUGCGGCCGCCUGGUGGUGGUGGAGGACCUGCACUCCGGCGCCCAGCAGCACUGGCUCGGCCACCCUGAGGAGAUCUCCACUCUGGCCCUCAGCCAUGAUGCCCAGGUCCUGGCCUCUGCCUCAGGCUGCAGUGGUGCCACCUCCUGCUGCCAGAUCCGAGUCUGGGAUGUGCCUGGGGGCUCCUGCCAGCAGCUCCUUUCUUACCACUGCACUGCUGUGCAAGCCCUGGCUUUCUCACUGGAUGACAGGCUUCUUGUCACACUGGGGGACUAUGGGGACUGCACCCUGGCCCUGUGGAGCACAGCCACCUAUGAGCUUGUGUCGUCCACUCACCUCCUGGAGCCGGUGCACGGCGUGGCCUUCAGCCCUUGGGACACUGGUGAGCUUGCCUGUGUGGGCCAGGGCGCCCUCACUUUGUGGCUCAUGCAGCAGCGCGGGGCCGACGUCAGCCUCCAGGUGCACCACCGAGACCCCAUUCCCGAGGCAGUGGGGGCGGGCGAGCUGACCUCAUUGUGCUACGGGGUCGAGCCCCUGCUGUACUGCGGCUCCAACGCUGGCCAGGUCUGUGUCUGGGACACGCACGCCGGCCGCUGCUUCCUGACCUGGGAGGCGGACGACGGUGAGAUCGGAGUGCUGCUGUGCUCGGGCUCGCGGCUGGUCAGUGGCAGCAACACCAGGCGGCUGCGCCUGUGGGCCGUGGGAGCCGUGCCAGAGCUGAGGCGCAAGGGCUCGGGUGCCAGGUCUAGCUCUGUGUUCAUGGAGCGAGAGUUGACCCUGGACGGGGCCAUCGUGAGUGCUGUCUUCCACGACAGCAUGGACAUGGGCGUGGUGGGCACCACAGCGGGCACACUCUGGUAUGUCAGCUGGGCCGAGGGCACCAGCACCCGCCUCAUCAGCGGCCAUAGGAGCAAGGAACAACCUGGCUCUGCUGUGUCCCCUCUCCGCCCGAGGGCCACGUGGCCUCAGGGAGGGCUGGCUGGCUACCUGCAGGUGAACGAGGUGGUCUUCAGCCCCAGGGGGUCCCACUGCGCCACCUGUGGAGAUGACGGGAGUGUGAGGGUGUGGUCCUUAGCCAGCAUGGAGCUGGUGAUCCAGUUCCAGGUGCUCAACCAGAGUUGCCUCUGCCUGGCUUGGAGCCCCCCUUCUUGUACACGCCCAGAGCAGCAGCACGUGGCAGCGGGUUACAGUGAUGGCACACUGCGUGUCUUCAGUAUCUCCCAAACUGCCAUGGAGCUCAAGAUGCAUCCCCACGCAGCCGCACUGACGGCUAUCGUCUUCUCUUCUGACGGUCAAACCAUCCUCUCUGGAGACAAGGAUGGGCUUGUGGCUGUGAGCCGCCCCCGCACAGGUAUGACCUUUCGAGUGCUGAGUGACCACCGGGGUGCCCCGAUUUCCACCAUCCAGAGCACCAGGAAAGAGUAUGGAGAUUUCGGAAUGCAGGGCACAGACUUGUGGUUGGCCGCCAGUGGGGACCAGCGGGUCAGCGUCUGGGCCUCCGACUGGUUGCGGGACCGCUGUGAGCUCGUGGACUGGCUGAGCUUCCCGGCGCCCACGCUCAUGGAGGCUCCAGGCUGCCUGCCGCCGUCCCUCGCUGCCUUCUGCCCCUGGGAUAAGGCACUGCUGGUGUGUGCUGGCCUUGGCCCACAUCUGGAGGUGGUCUUCUACAGCCUCCGGCAGAAGCAGGUGGUGGACAAGAUCCCUCUGCCUUUCUUUGCCGUGUCCCUCAGCUUGUCCCCCGGGGCCCGCCUCCUGGCUAUAGGCUUCGCUGAACAUGUGCUGAGGUUGGUGGAUUGUGCGUCAGGGGCUGCACAGGACUUCGCUGGCCACGACGACUGCGUGCAGGUCUGCAGGUUCUCCCCGGCUGCCAGCUUGCUCUUCACAGCGGCCCACAACGAGAUCUUGGUGUGGGAAGUCACGGGCUAUUGAGUUGAAGUGGGGACCUUGGGGUCAGGUGUGCCCUGCUGGUAAUGCUGGAUGCCUGGCCUGGGCAGCGCCUCUGCUGAGAAGCCCUGUUAGUGAAGAACCUCUUGCUGGACCAGGAUGGCUGGGCAGGCUCAGCAGCUCCACACUGGACAGGCCCAGGACUGUGUGUGUAAAUCAUCAAGACCCUGAAUAUGUGUGAAGUGCUUGUUGGCUCUUUGCCAGUGCUUUUUUAUGUUUCUACCUGUACAGUUGAAAUAAACGUAGGCCUUGCAUUGUA